AUGCCGCCACCCCGUCAGUUACGCGAUUGCCAGAGCACUUGGAAGUUGACCUGUGAUGUGGACACGCUUAUAGACAACCCAACCCUCUGGCCCUCUACGGAACUUGUCCCAUCUCUGGCACAGGUCCCGGAUGAGCAACUCGAUGCAGGCCGCAUAUCGGUCAAAAGAACCCAAGUCGGGCUUGAAAAAGAUUUCAAGUUCGGCAUGUUCGUAAUGAACCAUCAUGGCCACGAUGUCGCGGAAGAGACGUUCGAGCUAGCUCGGAAAGAAGCCGAAGAUGCGUUCGAAACCACCCAGGACGGUUCCAUGGUUCGGCAUCGUGUCUAUUCAUUGUGCCGCUUGGGGAAUGUGUACCGACGACAGCACCGAUACAACGAAGCCAAGCAAAUAUUGCUCACGGCCCUCGCAUCCCAAGAGAAGUUCGGUCAGGAGCCAUCCGUGUUCGAAACACACAACAGUCUGGGCACCGUGUACACGGACUUAGCCCAGCUAGAUCAAGCAGAGAAGUACAUCCAGGAGGGCGAGAUGGGGAGAAAGAAGCUGUCAGACGCCAACAAAGCUGACCUCCAGGCCAUGAUCAACUGGGUCAAGUCAUUCCACAAUCAGGUUGUCAUUCGUCGCAAACAGCAGGGCAACCUGCUCGAGGCGGAAGAGGCCUACGAAAACGUGCUGAGGGAGGUGGAGAAGUGGCCACAAAGGUCGAAAUUCGGGCUCCAGGAGUUGCAAAUUCGGACAGGGAUUGGAAGCCUCUACCUGGAAGAACGAGAAGGUGAGACGCACUUGGAGGCAUGCGGUCGAGCUCGCCGAGCCAAAGUGGCCUUCGAAAAGGCGCUUGACGCUCGGGUCAAAAAGGCCAAAGCGGAGUGGGCCGGGGUUGAUCCUUUCUUUCUGAAACAUCCACAAAGUACUGAACCGGCGUAUCUGCAUGCCAUCGAGGGCUUGGGCAGGGCGCGUGCCCUGCUCGGCGAAGAUUCAAAGGCCCAAGACUGCUUCAAGCAGGCCUUUGAGGGUUUCCUGACGAUCAAUAGUGUCGAUAUUGGACAGCCGGCCGAAGCAUCUGCCGUUUUCUACGUCAAUAGGGGUCACCCGUGGAAGGCGGUAGGCCUUUGCAAGUCUUGA